AUCAUAAUUAGAAUAUUGACACCGCCACCUUAUUUUCAACAAAGUCUGAACAGAGUGAGGAAUGAAAUCAUAAGUAUAGAUCAAACAACCUUGUUUGAAUCUUCAAUGCUGCAACAAGGUAUACCCAUAAUGGCAACCUUGUCUCACUUUCCAACUUUUCAAUCCCUUUCUUCUCAUAAACCCCUCUUCUCACCAAAGCCACGGCAAUGGCUAAGCUGGAAAACCCAUGAAUACCCACCUAGAAGAAACUUAAAAAUAUGUGCUUUUUCCAUUAAAAGACCCAGGAGGGAUAGAAAGGUAAAGAGCAAUGAGGAACUGUGUAAUGACAUAAGGGAAUUUGUAGCAGCGGUUGGGCUUCCGGAGGUUCAUGUUCCCUCCGUGAAGGAACUUUCUCAGCAUGGAAGGAGUGAUCUGGCUAACAUUGUUAGACGGAGAGGAUACAAACUUAUCAAAAAGCUUCUUAUGAGCUCACCUGAAACAGACAAUGAUGGAUUUAAUUUGGAGAAAAAUGUAAUUGAAAAGCACGAUGCAACUAGUGAUUCUGCAGAUACUUUUGAAGGUCAGAUUCAAAAGGUGAAGAAUGCUAUCCUAGAUGCUUCCUUGCUAACCGAAGUUGCCUGCGCUGAGAAUAAUUUAAUUGGAGUGGGUGUUGAUUCCAUUGACCAUAAUUGCAUGAAGGAGAAUACUAUGCACACUUCAGGGGAUCAAAAGAAAAAGGAAGAUGCUAUGGUUGAAGAUGUUUCCCCAUCAACCUUUCUCUCAGUUGAAGAAAAUUAUUCUGGGAGUUUGAAUGCUAAUCCAGAUCUUAAUUCUGAUGACAAUAGUUUCAUGCCUGAAGAAUCUCCACCUAUGUCAACCUUAGAGGAAAAAGUUUCAAAACUUGUUCAGAACAGAGAUUUGGAUGCAAUUGAGUAUAAUGUUUAUGGAAUGCUAAAUGAAAGUAGUGAUGAAGAAAGAAAGGAAGUUGUUGGAACUAGUAAUGACGUAGCAACUCAAUCUAGGAACAAUAGUCAAGAAUGCUCAGAACAUGCCUAUGGUGCUGCCAUCACAUUGAAUGGAAGUACAAAAGUUGCCAAGCAGGUUGCUCCUCCUGUGGCUGUGAAUCACCUUUCUUGGAGUCAUGAUAUUAUGGAAGCUCAAAUGCUAAAAGGUGAUGAUUUGAGGGAGGAUUUGAAUUCUGAGACCACUGGAAGGGACAAUGAAAUUGAGAUUAAUCAUCUUAAGUUUAUGCUGAAGGAAUUAGAACUGUCCCGUUUGAAGGAGCAGAUUGAAAAGGAAGAGAAUGCUUUGUCUGCCCUGCAAAUCAAGGCUGAAACAGAGAUCCACAAAGCUCAAAAACUUGUCUCUGAGAAAGAUGCUGAAUUGCAUGCAGCUGAGAAAAACCUCUCAGGACUAGAGGAGGUCCAAAUUGAAUACUCAGGGGAUGGUGAAAUUGUGGAGGUAGCUGGUAGCUUCAAUGGUUGGCAUCAUCGGAUUAAAAUGGAUCCUAAGCCAUGUUCUACCAUCACAAACCCCAUUAACUCAAGCAAGUCCAAAAUUUGGUCAACAGUGCUGUGGCUUUAUCCUGGGAUAUACGAGAUAAAAUUUAUUGUUGAUGGUCAAUGGAAGAUAGAUCCUCAGAGAGAGUCAACUACCAUGGGUGGAAUAUGUAACAACAUUUUCCGAGUUGACGGAAUUUUGGAUGGAUAGGAGAUUUUUUAUAUAGUUCAUAACAAUAAGUUGCAGAUUGUUGUUCAGAGUAAUGUAGCAGAUUGGUUUGGCAUCCAGUGAUGUCAGCUGGAAUAGAGAAGCUCACUGCCUGCAUUGAGGAAGGUGGCUUGUGCCAUGCAUGACCAUGAGAAUCGGAAUUGAGAUUGGCUGUUGCUGUUUGCGUCACACAAAAUAAGGACUUCAACAUUUUCCUUGUGAUAUCCCCUCGAAUUACAGGCCAACUCUCAUGAACUUUUGAUUGUGAAAGGUAAUACUUAUCAAAGGAUGUGUUGUUGCAUCAAGAAAUCCAUGACUUACAAUUGAAGGCAUUGAAGCAGUAGUUUUCUCAAAAUCUGGUGCUACAUUGUACAAAUGAUUUGUAGCAACCGAUGUGUAUCUGGUUCUUGUAAACAUUGAGAACUUUGAAUUCUGUUCCUAGGAACUUAGGGUAGAAUCUUGUCACCAAAAUUGUCCAUGUUAGCAUUGACUUAAGAGCUGUAAAGAUUCAGUGAGUUAGGAAUUUGGGACAUGUUGCAGUUUGGGGUCUUCGGAAAUCAAUAAAUUCUUAAAUUGCCUAAACUUGGAAUCUUUGAUUUAUGCACAAAUCCUAGAUUGAGGAAUGUGCAUGGAAUUUUAGGCAGUGAGAUCAUAACUCUCUGUUUCUUGUCCAUGCUGCAGCACUUGGACUUCAACUUGGCCUUGGUUACUGAUCACAGCUCUACCUUUGUUUUUCCCCAGCACUUAGAAAUUUCGUCUGCUUAAAUAUAUAUAUACACACACAAUACAUUCUUUCCUCAAUUUCUGGUAUGUUGGUACGAUAUUCCCAUUGAUACCAACAUCAAGAUGCGCGGGAAGAUGGCACAAAAAUCAUAAGCAAAGUCAAGGCCCAAACCCAAAAUGCAAAGUGGAUUCUGAGGCAGCUUUUCAAUGGAAGAAUCAUAAUUAAGAGCUCAAACUCCAGAAAUUGUGAAAAAAAAUAAAAAGUGAAUAAAAAUAGUAAAAAAGAUAAAGAAGUGGGCCAACCCAUGUGAAAGGCCAGUUAACAAAAAUAGCAAGAUCGCAUCUGAAACGGAAAAGAAUGGAGCCCCGUAAUGUCGCUGCGGGUGAGACCCAUUUUCUUACCAACCCAAAAGAUAAGGUAUUGGGUCCCAUCCUUCUCCUUCUGUUCACUCCCGUAACCUCUGCAUCUCAUCUCAACCCUCCAUUUUCCUCAAACAGAUUGGACAUAAUUCCAUCGGUCUAGAUUGUUGCAAAAAAAAUGUGAAGAGAAGCAGGAGAUAACAUUUUCUCUGGCCAUAAAAGCCCGGGGAAAGCAGAGGAAGAACCAAGCACCGAAAAGAGCGGGGAAUCGAGAGUAAGAGCGAGUCAAACGACUCGUCAUUCGGCUCUAUAAAUAAAC